AUGUCUACUCCUAUUCCUGGUCCAGCUGGCUGGCCUUUCCUAGGAAACAUCAAUGACAUAGACCCCGAAGUUCCCGUCAAGUCGUUGAUGGACAUUGCCGACAAAUAUGGAUCAAUUUACAGUCUCUCGAUCCUCGGAAAACGUCGAGUAAUCGUCUCCUCUGUUGAGCUGUUGAACGAGAUCUGCGAUGAGAAACGAUUUGGCAAAGUUGUCACCGCCGCUCUGGGAGAGGUCAGAAAUUUGACCGGAGAUGGUCUUUUUACCGCUCACAACGGCGAACACAACUGGGAGGUUGCACAUCGUGUUCUAGUGCCAGCUUUUGGUCCGCUCAACAUCCGCUCCAUGUUCGAUGACAUGAAGGAUAUAGCAUCCCAACUAGUCAUGAAGUGGGCACGCCAUGGACAAGACUACAAGGUCCAUGUUACAGACGACUUCACCCGACUGACACUUGACACUCUUGCUCUCUGCUCCAUGAAUUAUCGUUUCAACUCAUUCUAUGCAGAACAAAUGCACCCCUUUGUGGAUGCCAUGGUCAACGUCCUGUCUGAAUCUGGCUCACGAAUUCGCAGACCUGGCUUCUUGGCUGCUCUGUAUCGAAAAGAAGAAUAUCAAUACUGGAAAGACGUCAAGUACUUGCGCGAAUUGAGUUCGGAACUGGUGCAAAAUCGCAAGAAGCAUCCUGGAAGCAGAAAGGACCUCCUGCAUGCUAUGCUUCACGGUAAAGAUCCACGCAACGGAGAUUCAUUGAGUGAUGAAAGUAUCAUCGACAAUAUGAUUACUUUCUUGAUUGCUGGUCACGAAACUACUUCUGGUCUUCUAUCCUUCCUCUUCUACUACCUACUGAAGAACCCUUCUGCGUACAAGAAGGCACAAGAAGAAGUGGACAGAGUGAUUGGAGACGCCAGUAUCAAAGUAGAACACUUGAGUAAGCUUCCCUAUAUCAACGCGGUCCUAAGAGAGACUCUUCGCCUACAGCCUACCGCCCCGGCCUUCUCGAUUCAGCCCAACAAUGAGAUUGAUGUUAUUGGUGGCGAAUACACCGUACACAAGGGUCAACCUAUCAUUGCUCUGUUGCCAAAAAUCCAUCGCGAUCCUGCAGUGUACGGAGAGGAUGCCAACGAGUUCAAGCCCGAAAGAAUGCUUGACGAGAACUUCAACAAACUUCCACCCAACGCCUGGAAACCGUUUGGAAAUGGCUCUCGUGCUUGUAUAGGUCGUCCGUUCGCCUGGCAAGAGGCUCAACUUGUGGUUGCAAUGUUACUGCAAUACUUUGACUUCACCUUAGACGAUGCAAAGUACGAUCUUCAGAUCAAGUCCACUCUGACCAUCAAGCCGAAUCACUUCUACAUGCACGCACAACUGCGCCAUGGUCGGACUCCCACUCAGCUCGAACAAAUCCUGUCAUCUGACGGAACGCCGGUCCGGGAGCAUCAAUCCAGCAGGCCUGACGGUGAAGCAACAAGAGCGACUACAGAUGAAAGUAAAGGACGACCUUUGACCAUUCUGUAUGGUUCCAACACAGGCACUUGUCAGGCUUUCGCCCAAGGUCUCGCAGCCGAUGCACCAUCUCAUGGUUUUAAGGUCACCAAGAUCGAUACCCUUGACUCGGCCAAAGACAAUUUGCCUACGGACCAACCUAUCGCAAUCGUUACUUGUUCUUACGAAGGUGAACCGGCAGAUAAUGCCGCUCACUUUUACCACUGGCUCGAGUCAUUGCAAGGAGAUUCUACAAAGGUCCAAUAUGCUGUGUUUGGAGCUGGACAUAGUGACUGGAAGAACACCUUCCACAAGAUUCCCACCGCUAUCGACGACAUUCUACUUGCUCGAGGUGGAGAACGCAUCUGCAGUCGAGGCUCGGCCAAUGCAGCCAAUGGCGACAUGUUCAGUGAAUUUGAAAAAUGGGAAGACGACGUCUUCUGGCCAGCAAUGGCGAGUAAGUACGGUGGCGAUAGUAGCACAACCGACUCGGCCGCGACACAAAGCUUGACAGUCGAGGUCUCGAGCAUUCGGUCUUCUCAUUUGCGCGCAGACGUGUAUGAGGCACGCGUUGUUGACGCAAAACUCCUCUCGCAUCCUGGCGCGUCAGAGAAGAGACACAUCGAAAUCGAGCUACCGGCCUCCGCAACCUACAGCAGUGGUGACUACCUCCAUGUGCUCCCCAUCAACCCACACGAAAGCGUACAGCGAGUCAUGCGUCGAUUCAACCUUGCCUGGGACAGUGUUUUGACAAUCAAGGCCGCGGUUGGCACGAUUCUGCCUACCGACGUUCCCAUCUCUGCCAACGACUUGUUCGGUGCCUAUGUCGAGCUCGGCCAACCCGCAACCAAACGUAACGUCACUUUACUCUUGGAUGUAUGCACAGACGACGAGACCAAGAAGGAGCUCACUCGACUUUCUGGCGAUGCUUUCAGCACCGAGAUCAGCGAAAAGAGGGUCUCACUCCUGGAUCUGCUCAACCGCUUCCCCUCGGUACAACUACCUUUGAGUGCAUUCAUCAGUAGUCUACCGCCCAUGCGUACCAGAUCUUACUCCAUCUCUUCCUCGAGCUUGGUCAAUCCUCACCGCGUCACUCUAACCUUUGCCGUUUUGCAUCAAUCACACAUGAGCGGCAUGGGCGAAUAUGUGGGUGUAGCUAGUAACUACCUUUCGCAACUGGCAGCGGGUGACAAGUUGCACGUCGCUGUGCGACCUUCCAGCCAAGCUUUCCAUCUGCCUGUCGACUACGAAAACACACCUGUCAUCAUGCUUUGUGCUGGCACCGGCCUUGCACCCUUCCGUGGGUUUGUACAAGAGAGAGCAGCUCAAGUGGAAGCCGGCCGCAAACUUGCACCCGCUCUCCUCGUGGUUGGCUGCAGAAGCCCUGAUGAGGAUGAACUGUACAGAGAGGACUUUGACAAGUGGGAAGCAACAGGUGCUGUCAAGAUCUUACGUGCUUACAGCAGGAAACCAGAGGCUAGUGGAGGAUCAAAGUACGCACAGGACGCCUUGUGGGAGCAUCGUAAAGAAGCUCUUGAGUUGUGGGAUGCUGGCAGCAGAGUCUAUGUCUGUGGCAGCCGCGGGCUCGAGCGCAGUGUUCAAAUGGUGUGUCAGAAGAUAUACAUGGAACGGGCAAAGGAGCUCGGCAAAGACAAGACCGACCAGGAGGCCGAACAGUGGUUCGAGGGUAUUCGCAAUGUGAGAUUCGCGACCGAUGUCUUCACCUAA